AUUGUUUUCUUUCACACCUCACUGAGUGAAGCUUAUCUGUGGUUUUCAUUCACACUCAACCAAAGAGUAUCUAUGUCUCAACUCAGCAACUAUGGAACAAAGUGUUAGUGUGAGUCAAAAGACCUUGAACUUAAUGUAACGUCCUUGUGAUGUCUAACUGUGUUUCAGUGGUACUGAGUCAGAAAGGCUGGAGUGUUACCUACACCACUCAGAGUAUCUGUACCUUGAAGGGGUCAACAGUGGAGAUGUCCUGCUCUUACACAUAUCCCAGUUGGCAUAAAGUCACAACAACCUUCUGGUUCACUAAAAAGUAUGAUGUGGAGAUUUAUGUGAGUCUGAGAAAGGACACAGACUACAAAGGUCGUGUGACGUACCGUAGUGAUAAGACGAAUGGACACACCCUGACAAUCACAGACCUGAGAGAAAGUGACUCAACUGAGUACAAAUUCAGAUUUAUAACAGAUCAGACCAGAGGGAAAUAUACUGGUGAUCCUGGAGUCACUUUGUCUGUUACAGGUCUUCAGGUGAAGGUGACUGGUGGACAUCAGGAUAAGACACUGACCUGUAGCACCACCUGUACUCUGACUGACAACCCCACCUACAUCUGGUACAAGAAUGGACAACAUCUAGAUGAGAGCACCUCCCCCCAGUACAAAGACUCAGUCUCCAGUAACUAUGAAGACAGUUACUCCUGUGCUGUAAAAGGCCAUGAGAAUCUCCUCUCUCCUGCAAUUUGUCAGAAGUGUUGGAGUGUGACUUACACCCAUCAGAGUAUCUGUGCCUUGAAGGGGUCAACAGUGAACAUAUCCUGCUCUUACACAUAUCCCAGUUAUCAUGAGAUCAAACAAGCUUUCUGGUUUACUAAAUGGUCUGGUAUGGAGGCUGAAGAUCUGAGCUCAGCACCAGGGUAUGAGGGUCAUAUAGAGAACCUUGGGGAUAAAGAAAAUGAUAAGAUGAAUGGACACACCCUGACAAUCACAGACCUGAGAGAGAGUGACUCAGCUACGUACAUGUUCAGAUUUACAGAUCAGACUGGGAAAUGGAGAUAUUUUGGCAAACCUGGAGUCACUCUGUCUGUCACAGGUCUUCAGGUGAAGGUGACUGGUAAGACACUGACCUGUAGCACCACCUGUACUCUGACUGACAACCCCACCUACAUCUGGUACAAGAACGGACACAAAGUGAAGGAGGAUACUUCCAUACUGGACUCAGACUCUUUUAGUGAUGCAGACAGCUACUCCUGUGCUGUAAAAGGCCAUGAGGAUCUCCUCUCUCCUGCAGAGUGGAUUAUAUUGUCUUCUUGUCUUUCAGGUCAGAAGUGUUGGAGUGUGACUUACACCCAUCAGAGUAUCUGUGCCUUGAAGGGGUCAACAGUGGACAUAUCCUGCUCUUACACAUAUCCCAGUUAUCAUGAGAUCAAACAAGCUUUCUGGUUUACUAAAUGGUCUGGUAUGGAUGCUGAAGAUCUGAGCUCAGUGCCAGGGUAUGAGGGUCAUAUAGAGUACCUUGGGGAUAAGGAGAGUGACUGUACCCUGAGAAUCACAGACCUGAGAUUGAGUGACUCUGCAGGGUACAGGUUCAGAUUCAUAACAUCUGGAGACAAGUUUUCUGGCUCACCUGUCUCCCUGACUGUCUCAGAUCUUCAGGUAAAGAUGACAACUUCACUGUUUUCAAGAUGGGUGACUCUGAACUGUGGCACGUGUACUCUGACUGACAACCCCACCUACAUCUGGUACAAGAACGGACACAAAGUAAAGGAGGAUACUUCCAGACUGUACUCAGACUACAUUAGUGAUGCAGACAGUUACUCCUGUGCUGUAAAAGGCCAUGAGGGUCUCCACUCUCCUGAAGAGACUCUCACUGUCAGAUAUGGCCAAAGCAACACCUCAGUGUCAGUCAGUCCCUCUGGUGAAAUAGUGGAGGGCAGUUCAGUGACUCUGACCUGCAGCAUUGAUGCCAACCCACCUGUGGACAAAUACACCUGGUACAAGGUAACAUACAAGAACAUGUCAAUGAGACAUUCUGGACAGAGUUACACCAUCCAUAACAUCAGCUCUGAGGACAGAGGAGAAUAUUACUGUGAGGCUGAGAAUGAAGUUGGAGCCAAGAUAUCAAAGCUUGUUCCUGUAAAUGUUUUGUAUAAACCAAGGAACACCUCAGUGUCAGUCAGUCCCUCUGGUGAAAUAGUGGGCAGUUCAGUGACUCUGACCUGCAGCAGUGAUGCCAACCCACCUGUGGACAAAUACACCUGGUACAAGAGGAACGUAACCUCACCAAAAGCAUCAGGACAGAGUUACACCAUCCAUAACAUCAUCUCUGAGGACAGAGAGGGAUACUACUGUGAGGCUCUGAACAUUAUAGGGAGAGAGACUAUCCCUGUCCAUAUUAAUGUUACAUAUCCUGCAGCAGUGUUUUCCUGGGUUCCUGUGAUGGGGGUGGGGGCUGUCCUGACUGCUGGAGCUCUGCUACUCACCAUCUACUGCUAUAUGAAGAGGAGAUCCACAGGAGGAAGUGAUGCCACAGCAGACACACUGAGUUUCCAUCCUGAUCCUAACAGUGAGACGUACACAGCUCUGAACAUGAAGACCAGGUCACCAGAGUACGACACCCUGGCGAAUGUGAGGGACUCCCCAGUGACACAGCCCCUCAAAUAGACACUUAGCCCUCCAAUUAUGAAAACUUCAGAGAACCAUCACAGAACCUGGACUGAAGAGAACCACCACAUAACCUGGAUUGAAGAGCUACAGCAUCAAACCAAAGCUAGGCCUCACAAUGCUAUUCACGUACUAUCAUAUUGCUUUCUUAUCUAUUAGGUUUUCCAGACAAUGACCUUUAACUUCUGAGUGAAUGCUGGAAUUUAGAUUGUUCUCCUAAUGAUAAAUACAGUAUGUGUAUAGAUGAUCAAUACAGUAUGUGUCUAGAUGAUCAAUACAGUAUGUAUAUAGAUGAUCAAUACAGUAUGUGUAUAGAUGAUAAAUACAGUAUGUAUAUAGAUGAUAUAUACAGUAUGUAUAUAGAUGAUCAAUACAGUAUGUAUAUAGAUGAUAAAUACAGUAUGUAU